AUUCCCCCUUACUUCGGGAAACAUUUAAAAGAUCGUUCCUAGUCUCCGGCGUUUUCUUGCAUUUCCUAGCCUUCGAGUCCUUGCGAUGCUCCUGUCGAUUCCCCCGGCGCUCCCUCGUUGCUCACUCGAUGCUGCCUCGACGCUUUUAACUCCAUUGAGUUUCUACAGCGCUGGUCGUCCUCCUCGUAGCAACUUCAAAUCUUCCGCGCCGAUAUUUCACAUGCUUCCACUGGGAAAACGAUACUCAUCGGCUAUCGAUCCCCAGCUCGUUGCUCAUUGCUGCGGCCUACUCUUUUCCAUGGUUCCUCCGUUUGGUCACAUUAUCCGUGCGUUAUCAAUGUUUCAUCGACCAUCGAUACCGACGGUGAUGCGUUGCCACCUGCCCGUUGCGAUAUUUUCACCUUUUGUCGAUAUUUCCACUUUGCGUGUGCCAAUCGAUCGCUUAUCGAGGCGCCCCCUUCCCUGGGCAAUGCUCCUACCAGUCUAUGCCAUUCUUUGUCCUUAGUCUUAAGUACACUGGGCGCAGCGGCUUUAAAUAGCGCUUGGCCUUCGUUUGCAGCAGGGCUUUUCAGCCCUUGGUGAGUUGCACUUUCGUUUGAACCGACAUUUACUUCCAGGGUUUGCCUGUGUUUUUUUUUCCUUUUAACUGUUGGUGCGAUGCGUGCUUCUGCCUUUUGUAACCAGCUAAAUACGGUGUAGAUCUGAUUCUGCACCGUCCUCCCCCUUUCCACGGGUAACAACUAGACGAGCUCUUCCGGCGCAUUCCGAAUAGAAUCUUCGGAUGCUACGGUGUGUGUCUGGACUGCGCGAUUUGUGUUGCUUGCCUCCCUCCGCGCGUACUCCAUUCUACGUGGCGUAAUCGGUUGACUCUGGCUCGCGCCAGACGCUGAAACCGUUGCCUCGUCGUCGGGGUCAGUGGUCACCCUCUAUAUCCUAUCCUUAUGAUUUUCCUUUCUGCGUGGCGUGUGGAUGACUCUCGCUUAGGCCUGACUCAUUAUCCUGUGGCCUCGCAGUCUGGACCAAUGUAAAAUCCUAGUGUAUACCAAUGUAAAAUCCUAGUGUAUAUCUUUCCUGCGAUGCGCCAGGAUGACUCUCGCUUCCUCCUGACGCUUAAUCCUGUCGCGUUGUACCUCUUGUUAGUCAUCUGAUGUGUCUGCCGUCUGCUCGUUUUGUGGUUGCUUAAGCUCAUCGACGUGAGCGGUCCGUUCUUUCUUUGAAUGUGUCGCUUUGUUCAAUGGUAGCAUAAUCUCCGGCCACUUCUCGACCCAAUUUCUCUGGUCCUGCCCUGCGAAUUGCGCAAUCAUGCUCUUGAAUGUUCUGUUUGCUCGUUCUGUCGGAUUCUCUAUGGUGCGGUGAAUUAUUGUCUGAUACCCAUCUCAGCCAGGAAACUUUUGAAAAUACGGCUUGCAAACUGCACUCCGUUGUCCGUUAUGACCACCUUCGGGACCCCGUACCUUGCGAUUAUGCGCUCCCUAAACGCCUUCGCACUGCGCAGGGGUACCAGUUCCGUUCAUUUCGAAAAUCUGCCUAUCAUGACCAGCAGCAUUUGGUUGCCGUGCUUAGAUCUUGGUAGGGGUCCAACGAAGUCUGCACGUACCGUGGCCUAUGGUUCCUCUGGCACUUGGGUCAACAUCUUCCCGUCCGUUUUUAUUUGAUUGGGCUAUAACCGCAUGCAAGUCUGGCAUUUUCUUACGCGGGCUCGGGUGUCUCUAUGCAUGCCUGGCCAGUAGUAUCGGGCUGCCAGCCGUGCAAUUUUCCUCCAGCUUCCUAUGUGUCCCGCCGAUGGCGCGUGGUGGCUUUUCCUCAACACUGUUUCUCGUAGUACCUUUGGGACGCACAUCUUCCAUGACGCGUCUUCACUGCCUGCUCGGUGUGGUAUGUGUCUGUACAGUGUUUCACCUUCCAUCACAUAGUCCGGGUACUUCUGCGGUCGCCGUUGCCUCCUUUAAUCCUCAUAGCAUCUCUUUUAGUGGUUGUCGUUAAUAAUGCGUUGGCCACCACGUUUAGCUGACCCUUUUUGUACGCUAUCUCAAAGUCGUACUGCUGUAGCUCCA